ACUCGCCCCCUGCUGAGCACGCACGCGCUGGCGGACGCGCGCCGCCUCGCCGCGCGCCUCGCGCUGCUGCGGGCCGCGCUCGCGCUCGUCGCCGGCCUCCACUCCCCCCACAGAUUCGGGGGCGGUUACUUAGUGCAGUGCGUGUGUCGCGGCUCGCCGCGUGCUCUGUGGCGGCGUGUGUCCGCGGCGGCGCCACAGGCUCGACUGAGGGUGCUCCACCACGCCACGGUGUAUUUCCUCAUGCCCACACACGCUACUGUUGACAAGAAAGGAAUAACAACAAAACUGAGCGACAUAUUCAGGCUGAUGUCGCACUUGCAAAGCACUUGCGAUGUGGAAGACUACACGAUUAAUCAGAGCUCUCUAGACGAGUUGUUCCUAAGUUUCACGGACAAAGCCGAUAUGGAUCUAGACACAGUUGAAGUGGAGCCCGUCCCCACGCCGCAGCUGCUGAGGAGGAACAGUGGGGAGGACAUGACAUCACUCUGACCUCCCCAAAGAAAGAAAAUAAUGAAAAGAUUCAUGUUAUUUUUUUUUUAAUUUGAUUGCCACAAUUUUUUUUUUUGUGUGAAAACAAAUUGUGCUAAUUGACUGAAGGUAAAAAUACAAAGUGUAUAUCGAAUUCGGAACGUUAAUUUAAAUUUUGUGAAUCAACGACAGUAUUAUAUAUACGCUGUUUUUUCGUCAGCGCUUCACAAAAAAGCGAUAAUUUAUUUUUAAUAAUACUUGCACAUUUCUCAUUUCUUAGUUCUUUUUCUUUCUUUAUAUUUAAAACCAUAGAAAUUAUGUUACUCUGAAUUUCUUUAGUUAAAAUUGAGUAACCUUUUUAAUUUCAUAGUUAAUAAACUUAAUGACAAACUAUAGAAUUAAUUUAGGUAAUCGUUAAUUAAAUGUAAAAUAAUUGACUUGAUAUUGCUCAAUUUUA